AUGCAGGUAAUCCUUAGAGAGCUUCACCACGAGGAGGGCAAAGCUGAUGCAUGGCCACCAGAGGCCGUGGAGCAUGCCAUCUCACCACUGCUUGUGAUGGACCCCCAGUUGAGGCAGCAGCUGGAGGCAUUCUACAGGCACACCAUUGAUGACAUCCACUCGGACAUGCAGAUGCUGAAGGCGUACGCAAACAGCGGCGCAGCCAGCUCCGAAAAAGCGUCGUUCCUGGAGGUGAAAUCCGCCUCCCUGGACCCAAGGGUGUGCUUCCUGCCUUCUUGGCGGCCGACUUCCCACCUGUUCUACAGCGGCGGCGACAAGAAAGAUGCGCAGAUGGACAACUUCCUCAAGCAGGACGCAGCGCAGUCUGAAACCGAGGCAGCUGACAUCUUCGAGGAUGCCGUGCACCGUGAGCGGCACGCGGCCAAGAUGGUCGGCAAAGGCGAGAGAGCCAGUGCGCGGGCGGAUUAUGCGCAGAUGCUCGAGGAGGAAGAAAAAAUGGAGAAGCUGAUGGAUCGAGCUGCCGAGGACGCAGAAGAGGAUGCAAUGCUGGUUCUCCAGCAAGACAAGAACGGCAAAGACAUCGAUGGGCAGCCGUACACAGAUGACCCUGCUGAGGGCGAGCAGCCUGAGGGGGGACAAGCCCGUUAA